AUGAAAAUAUUCACCAGACGGUGGAAGUGGAUUGGCCACGUGCUCCGAAAAGAUGACACAUCUAUCACCAGAACUGCAGUGCGCUGGACGCCUGAAGGGAAAAGAAAGAGAGGACGUCCGAAAACAACAUGGCGUCCAACAGUGGAAAUAGAGAUGAAGGAGACAGGACACGCUGACAUCGCAUAUGUCCGUGUCUCCGAACAGAGUAUCACUGAAAGCAGAGGCUGUCGUCUUCCAAGAAGAGUCGGUGUGUCCGUACGUGUGGACAACGAAACUGUGUCUCUCGAACUGACCCGAAACGAUGACGUCGAUUCCAAUGCUCCACUGUUUGUGUUCAGAGAGGUCGGGUCGGAGAAGAGGAAAACGGUCGUCAAGGAACUGCUGAUUGAUAACCAGCGUGAAGCUCAGUUUCAAGACGAGUCACGUGAUGCGGCGAUGACCGUGUCUUGUUUCGGUGAAGACAACAACCGACAUCUUCAGUUGAGAGGGAUUUUAUCUUUACACGGCAAGGAGUAUACGCUUGAACCCAAAUCACGUGACCGUAGAGGGACACCACGUGAUGAAGAAGAAUAUAUUGUAGAAAAUCAGCCGGUUGUUCCUAUCAGAGAUGAUUACGUAGAAGCACCUCCAUUUGAAGAAAUUAUUUCAAAUACUGUUACAAAGUCCGACUAUGAAGACAUACUUCUGUUAAAUCCUUCCACACAUGCACGGCAGAAACGAGAGACAACAGAGUACUAUAUCGAUGUCCUAACUGUUAUUGACUACUCAAUUUACCAAAGACACUAUAAUCGCACAGAUUCAUCGUUAGCUGCGGCCACAAGAAGAGUCCAUGCACUUCAAGACAUUCGGGAAUAUUUCGCCUACGUCAUGAACGGGGUAAACCUUCGAUACAAGAGUAUAACUGGCUUGGAUGAACGUCUGGUCAUUAGACUGACGGGUUACGUCGUAGCAGAGGCUCGUGAUCAAGCUUCCUGGACAGAAAACAGUGUUCUGAUGACGUCAUCAGGUGGUGAGGUGAAUUCUCUUACAGCGCUGCAGGAAUUGAAAGCCUGGGUUGCUAACACGUCACUGCCUGAUAAUGAUCACGUGAUGCUGUUUACAAGGUAUGAUUUGUUCAGGAUUAUUGCUGAUGGGAGUAAAGCAAGAACCAGAGUUGGAAUUGCUUACAUGUCAAAAAUGUGCAAACCGUUAGGACUAAGCACUUCGGUAAUCGAGGAUGACGGAGGAUUUCAGCGGAUACUGACUGCGGCUCAUGAACUUGGACACAGUUUGGGAUCUAAACACGAUGGUGAUAAUAACACGUGCACAGGAGAAGACCAAUACAUCAUGGCUGCUACUAGCAGGCUUAGAACAGAUCCUAACAUGACCAACCCCUGGCUGUUCUCGUCCUGCUCAGUUUCGUACUUCAAGAAUCUGUUGGCAUCACUAAUGCAAACAAGCUAUGGAGUAAAGUGUUUGACACAGAAGGUAACAACAGCGAAUGUCCCUCUAGUCUAUGACCUGCCAGGACAGAUUCACAGCCCUGAUGAUCAGUGUAAAAGGAUACGCGGUCCAGAAUCAGAACUCUGCCAGGUAUUGGUGUUGUCAUUUUAG